CGGCAGAACAACAAUAGAAAGCGGAGGAGGAGGAGCAUCAGCGGCUUCUGGCAGCGGAGCGACACCGACGGUCCUGUGGGACGAUAUGAGUCUUUGGAUCGGACUCUUAAGCGAACAGAAGCUUGUGAUGGAAGCUGGAAGGAUCCGAGUCUGAUCAGAACCGAACCGAACCGGAGCGGAGCGUUUUUGUUGAGAGGAAGCGGCCGCAGCCAUGAUGGGAAUGCUGGGAAUCCUCCGCUGAGGAUCCGCGGCGGCUGGGCCCAGGAUCGGGAGAAAGAUGGGAAUGUGUUUUCGGAUCCUGCUGCUGUUGGGUUCCUGCUGGCUCGUCUCAGGCGAGCCGCUGCUGCUGUACGCCAACCGGCGGGACCUGCGCCUGGUGGACGCGGCGCGCGACAAGGCCAACGCCACGGUGGUGGUGGGCGGCCUGGAGGACGCCGCCGCCGUGGAUUACGUCUACGCCCAGGGCCUCAUCUACUGGAGCGACGUCAGCGAGGAGGCCAUCAAACGGACCUCCUUCAACCGGACCGGCGCCGGCGCCGCACAGAUUGUGGUGCCGGGCCUGGCCGCGCCGGACGGCCUGGCCUGCGACUGGCUGGGCCUCAAGCUGUACUGGACCGACUCGGACACCAACCGGAUCGAGGUGGCCGAGCUGGACGGGUCGCUGAGGAAGGUUCUGUUCUGGCAGGAGCUGGACCAACCCAGAGCCAUCGCCCUGGACCCGGAGCGAGGGUUCAUGUACUGGACGGACUGGGGCGAGGUCCCAAAGAUCGAACGGGCCGGGAUGGACGGGACCAACCGGUCCCUGCUGGUGGACCAGGACAUCCACUGGCCCAACGGGCUGACGGUCGACUACGGCCAGCAGAAGCUCUACUGGGCCGACGCCAAGCACAACUUCAUCCACCGCUGCAACCUGGACGGCUCCUCCAGAGAGGUGGUGGUGAAAGGGGAGCUGCCUCACCCCUUCGCCCUCACCCUGUACGAGGACACCCUGUUCUGGACCGACUGGAACACACACUCCAUCCACUCGUGCAGGAAGCAGACGGGUCGGGACCAGCGCAUCGUCCACUCCCACAUCUUCUCCCCGAUGGACCUGCACGUCUUCAGCCCCAAGAGGCAGCCCGUCUCGCGGAGCAGCCCCUGCUCCCAUGGCAACGCCGGAUGCUCCCACCUCUGCCUGCUGUCCCCCAGCCGGCCGUUCUACCGCUGCGCCUGUCCCACCGGAGUCCAAAUGCUGGAGGACGGACGGACCUGCAGAGACGGUGCGACCCAGAUGCUGCUGCUGGCCCGGCGGACCGACCUGCGUCAGAUCUCCCUGGACACGCCGGACUUCACCGACGUCAUCCUGCAGGUGGACGACAUCCGGCACGCCAUCGCCAUCGACUACGACCCGGUGGACGGAUACGUCUACUGGACGGACGACGACGUGAAGGCCAUCCGCCGCGCGCGCCUGGACGGCGGCGACGCCCAGUUCGUGGUCACCUCACAGGUCAGCCACCCGGACGGCAUCGCCGUGGACUGGAUCGCCCGGAACCUGUACUGGACCGACACGGGGACGGACCGCGUCGAGGUGACCCGUCUGGACGGAACCAUGAGGAAGAUCCUGAUCUCCGAGGACCUGGACGAGCCCAGAGCCAUCGUCCUGGAUCCGGUGGCCGGGUACAUGUACUGGACGGACUGGGGCGAGGUUCCGAAGAUCGAGCGGGCCGACCUGGACGGGCUGGAGCGGCUGGUGAUGGUGAACACGUCGCUGGGCUGGCCCAACGGCCUGGCGCUCGACUACGAGCAGCGGCAGAUCUACUGGGGAGACGCCAAGACGGACAAGAUCGAGGUGAUGAACAUGAACGGGACGGGCCGACGGGUGCUGGUAGAGGACAAACUUCCUCACAUCUUUGGCUUCAGCCUGCUGGGCGACUUCGUCUACUGGACGGACUGGCAGCGCCGCAGCAUCGAGCGCGUCCACAAACGCACCGCCGAGCGCGAGUUCAUCAUCGACCAGCUGCCCGACCUGAUGGGCCUGAAGGCCACUCACCUGCACCGCGUCGCCGGGACCAACCCGUGCGCUGACAGUAAUGGCGGCUGCAGCCACCUGUGCCUGCACACGCCUCACGGCGUGCGGUGCGGCUGCCCGAACGGCCUGGAGCUGCUGGGCGACCUGCAGAGCUGCAUCGUCCCGGAGGCCUUCCUGCUCUUCUCGCGCCACACCGACAUCCGCCGCAUCUCCCUGGAGACCAACAGCAACACCGUGGCCAUCCCGCUCACCGGCGUCAAGGAGGCCUCCGCCCUCGACUUCGACAUCACCGACAACCGCAUCUACUGGACCGACAUCACGCUCAAGACCAUCAGCCGGGCCUUCAUGAACGGCAGCGCGCUGGAGCACGUGGUCCAAUUCGGCCUGGAUUACCCAGAAGGCAUGGCGGUGGACUGGCUGGGCAAGAACCUGUACUGGGCCGACACCGGAACCAACCGCAUCGAGGUGGCCAAGCUGGACGGGCAGCACCGCCAGGUUCUGGUCUGGAAGGACCUGGACAGCCCACGGGCCCUGGCGCUGGACCCGGCUGAGGGGUACAUGUACUGGACCGAGUGGGGCGGGAAGCCCAAGAUCGACCGGGCCGCCAUGGACGGAACCGGCCGCAUCACGCUGGUGUCGAACGUGGGCCGGGCCAACGGACUCACCAUCGACUACGCCGAGCGGCGCCUGUACUGGGCCGACCUGGACACCACGCUCAUCGAGUCCUCCAACAUGCUGGGCAAGGAGCGAGAGGUGAUUGCCGACGACCUGCCUCACCCGUUCGGCCUCACCCAGUACCAGGACUACAUCUACUGGACGGACUGGAGCCACCGCAGCAUCGAGCGGGCCAACAAGACGAGCGGCCAGAACCGGACCCUGAUCCAGGGACACCUGGACUACGUGAUGGACAUCCUGGUGUUCCACUCGUCCCGGCAGGCCGGCUGGAACGCCUGUGCCUCCACCAACGGCCACUGCUCCCAUCUGUGCCUCGCCGUGCCCAGCGGCUUCGUCUGCGGAUGCCCCGCCCACUUCUCCCUCAACCGCGACAACAAGACGUGCAGCGCUCCCACGGCGUUCCUGCUCUUCAGCCAGAAGGCGGCCAUCAACCGCAUGGUGAUCGACGAGCAGCAGAGCCCCGACAUCGUCCUGCCCAUUCAGAACCUGAAGAACGUCCGGGCCAUUGACUACGACCCGCUGGACAAGCAGCUGUACUGGAUCGACUCCAAGCAGAACGUCAUUCGCCGCGCCCAGGAGGACGGCAACCAGAGUGUGACGGUGGUGUCCAGCUCCCUUCUCGGACCUUUUGAUCUCAGCAUUGACAUCUUCAGCCGCUUCAUCUACUGGACCAGCGAAGUGACCAACGUCAUCAAUGUGACCCGGACGGAUGGCAGCCGGGUCGGUGUGGUUCUGCGGGGCGAGCACGACAAGCCGCGGGCCAUCGUGGUGAACCCAGAGAGAGGGUACAUGUACUUCACCAACCUGCAGGACCGCUCACCCAAGAUUGAGCGGGCGGCGCUGGAUGGGACGGAGCGUGAGGUUCUGUUCUUCAGCAACCUGGGAAAACCCGUGGCGCUGGCUGUGGACAACAAGGCAGGAAAGCUGUUCUGGGUCGACUCAGAUCUGCGCCGCAUUGAGAGCAGCGACCUGUCAGGAGCCAAUCGGAUUGUGAUCGCGGACUCAAACAUCCUGCAGCCGGUGGGCCUGACGGUGUUCGGGAACCACCUGUAUUGGAUCGACAAGCAGCAGCAGAUGAUCGAACGCAUCGACAAGACGACGAGGGAGGGCCGCACCAAGGUGCAGGCGCGGGUCGCCUACCUGAGCGACAUCCACGCCGUCCACGAGAUCGACAUGCACGAGUACCGAAACCAUCCGUGCACCCGGGACAACGGCGGCUGCUCCCACAUCUGCAUCGUGAAGGGCGACGGAACCACGCGCUGCUCCUGCCCCGUCCACCUGGUGCUGCUGUCCGACGAGCUCACCUGCGGAGAACCGCCCACCUGCUCGCCCGACCAGUUCGCCUGCGUCUCCGGAGAGGUGGACUGCAUCCCCAACUCCUGGCGGUGCGACGGCUUCCCCGAGUGCGACGACCACAGCGACGAGAAGGAAUGCCCCGUCUGCUCCGAGUCCGAGUUCCAGUGCGACAGCCGGCAGUGCGUGGAGCAGAGCGAGCGCUGCAACGGGGAGGUCAACUGCCAGGACGGGUCCGACGAGAACAAGUGUGAAGUCCGGUGUCCAGCAGACCAGUUCUCCUGCGCCAACGGCCAGUGCAUCGGGAUCCACAAGAAGUGCGACCACAACACGGACUGCAGCGACAACUCGGACGAGACGGACUGCUUUCCAGAUCCGCCGGAGCUGCCGGCGCCGACCAACAGCACCAUCAGCUCCAUCGUUGCCGUGGUGAUGGCGCUGUUUGUGGUGGGCGCCAUCUACUUCGUGUGCCAGCGCGUCCUCUGCCCCCACAUGAAGGACGACGGCGAGACGGUCGCCAACGACUUCGUGGUCCACGGCCAGGCCUCGGUGCCGCUCGGAUACGUGCCGCAUCCCGGGUCGCUGUCCGGCUCGCUGCCGGGUAUGUCCAGAGGGAAGUCUGUGAUUGGCUCCCUGAGCAUCAUGGGCGGCAGUAGCGGCCCUCCGUACGACCGCGCCCACGUCACCGGAGCGUCGUCCAGCAGCUCCUCCAGCACCAAGGGCACCUACUUCCCCCCGAUCUUGAACCCGCCGCCGUCGCCCGCCACCGUCCGCUCCCAGUACACCCUGGAGUUCGGCUACUCCUCCAACAGCCCCUCCACCCACCGCUCCUACAGUUACCGGCCCUACACCUACCGCCACUUUGCCCCGCCCACCACGCCCUGCAGCACCGACGUCUGCGACAGCGACUACACGCCGGGCCGCCGGCCGCUCAAAUCCACCGCCGCCGCCAAGGGCUACACCAGCGACCUCAACUACGACUCGGAGCCGUUCCCGCCGCCGCCCACACCGCGCAGCCAGUACCUGUCGGCGGAGGAGAACUGCGAAAGCUGCCCGCCGUCGCCAUACACAGAACGCAGCUAUUCCCACCACCUGUACCCGCCGCCGCCGUCCCCGUGCACGGACUCCUCGUGAGCCAAGCCCCGCCCCCUUCCUGUAUAUAACAAUUGUUGAUAUCCGAGUCGAAAAGAGAAAACGGGAAGACACUGCGGCGGCGCUAAAAGGGAACCGGAGGAUGGCGAGCUGCAGAACAUUUGUACAGAACAGAGAAAUCAUAUUUAUAUAUUUUCUAUACUGAUGAUGAUGAUGAUGAUGAUGCCAUAGAGUUUGUAAUUUGUACAUUUUUAACAGAAGCUUUUAUUAAACUCGCCACAGAGAAUAGUUGCCUUAAAGUCAAACGGGACCGCGCCGGCGCCCAACGGGACCCACCGCGGCGGCGCCGGCCAGUCGGACUCCUGAUGCCAAAUACAAGCAGCAGCCACAGGCCCCGCCCACUCUGGGGUUCUGGGGCGGGGCGUCAUAGUUUUGUCCCCGUCGGGCCUCCGUACAACCACACGCUGGCCCCGCCCUCGCCUGUUCUCACACCACGAGGAAGAUCUGCUCCUCAUCAUCAUCACAACCUGUGCCUGAGCAGUGCCACAGCUACAUGUGCUUUUAUUUUGAAAUCCCCACUGAAAGCUCUAGUAUUUUUGUACCACAUACUGUGUAGAUACGUAUUUAUAAGCUAUAUAGAGAAUCGAUGUAAAUGUCUCGCCUGCAGCUCUUCAUUCCUCUUUUUUAUUCCCUCCUUCUAUUUUUCUACAGAAUCGCUGACAAUCUCACAACUUGUCCUCGUUUUUACUGUCCUCGGCAUCAGGACGCAGGGGUCAGAGGUCACUCCCUGACCCCUUGAACCCGGUCCCAGUCAGAACCGCACCAGCACCAGUCCAGACAAUCUCUAGCAGGUCUGACCAGAGCCGAGGAGGUCCGGCUCAGACCUGAGAAAGCACAAAGAACCCAGGGCAGCUGGACGGGUUGGAGCCCCGCCCCCUCACAGAAAGCUCUGAUUGGUUGAUUAAAUGGAGACCUUAACGAGUUUUUAAACAUUAACACCAAAAUCUGACCAGCGUGUUUUUCUACGCUGUCUCCAUACGGCCUUGAUACUUGUUCACAGUCUGCUGCCAGUCCAGAACCUCUAAGGCCUCCACAAAACGUCUUGGCACUACAGGACUUCCAUAUACCUUAAAUCGUCCUUUUGUGGUUGCCUGACUCUGGCAGUACAGGGUCUCUGAAUAUCAUACACAGUUUCUGUCUGUCCUUGGUCUCCGUAUUGCCACAUCACUAAGUUUUGGUCACUUGGAAGCUCCCAUACAGCUCAGACGUUACGUUUUUUUUACUAGCCUGAGCCUCCGUGACCUGAGUUCUGGUACUGCAUGACCACAUAGUGUCUGACCAUCCCACGUCUUUGUAUUUCCUCCACAUUUAAUUUUUGGCCAUCUUGGGUCUCCUUACCUUCUUAACAUUUAACUCUUGGUCUUUCUGAGCCGCCAUACGUCCUCCAUGUUCCAUUUGUAGUUCUUCUGAGCCUUCGUACAGUCUCCAAAUAUAGAUUUUUGACCAUUCCAAGUCUCCAUGCUUCCUCUUCAUUCAGGUUUUGACCCUCCUGUUUCACCGUACCUCCUCUACAAUCAGUUUUUGGCCCCUCUGAGCCUCCGUUUCUCCUCCAUGCAUCCUCAGACGAUGUUGCCUGUAUUUCAACCCUGCUCCUUUACAUGUGCUCUCUUCUGGCGGAAAAGUUCUCAUUUCUGCACUUUAGACGGUUUUCUUGUCUGAUUUUAUUCGGUACCAAGUGACUCAAGCUGAGGCGAUGCUAGAGUGUGCUCUGCGCCGUCGGUUUUUAAAAUCUGGGACAUCAGAUGUGAACAAAAAUCUUUAAAAACCUCUUUAAGCUGAACUGGAAUCAAACCUGUGAUCUGAUUUUAAAAGCCACUAAUGAACCAUCUGAGGGAAAUAAUUCAGUUACAGUGAAAUAAAUGAGAACUGUUGAUUUGA